AUGCAGCCAGACACACCUGAUGCUCAAAAAAUUGGAGGGAUACUUGCAAUAGAUGCACUUAUUAAUAACAAUAUCGAAACAACCACUUUAUCCCGUUUUACGAAUUAUUUAAAAAUGGUCUUAUUAUGUGGUGAUCAACAGAUAAUGACAUUUGCAUCAAAAGCGUUAGGAAAAUUGGCUGCUCCAAGUGGUGCGGUUACUGCGAUUUUUGUUCAGCGUGAAGUAAAUACUUCACUUGAAUAUCUUCAGGGUGACAAAAGUGAAUAUCGCCGUUAUGCUGCUAAGCAAAUGAUUCGUGAGGCAUCAGCAGAAACAUUAAGUUCUUGUUUGAAAAUUGUUUGUGAAAGAGAAAGUGCUUAUAGGAUACAAUGGUAUAAAAAAAUUUAUGAAGAAGCAUCAAAAUCAUUAAAAUCAAACAAUGCUGACCACAUACAUGGUUCAUUAUUAGCCUAUAGAGAACUAUUACAUCAUGCAAAAUCGUUCAUGCGUGCUCAUUAUAAGAAUGUAUGUGAGACUAUUUUAAAAUUUAAAGAUUAUCAAGAGAGUGCACGUCUUUUAAGUUUAUUGGCAUCAGCAUCCCAAAAAUUAAUCAGACCUUAUGUUGAAACAAUACUAAAAGUUCUUUUAUCUAAAUCACGAGAUUCUAAUCCAGCAGUGGCUGCGAGUGUUUUAGGAGCACUUGGAGAAUUGGCACGUGUAGGGGGGGAAGAUCUUUUGCCAUACCUUAAUAGUCUAAUGCCUUUAAUAAUUGAUGCGUUGCAAGAUCAAGGUUCAACGGCAAAACGUGAUGCAGCAUUAAAAGCUCUAGGACAACUUUCUAGCAAUACAGGAUUUGUUAUUGAACCAUAUUUGAAAUAUCCUAAACUAUUAUCUAUUUUAAUUAAUAUUUUAAAAACUGAGUUGACACCAUCAAUUAGACGUGAAACUAUUAGAUUAAUAGGAAUUCUUGGUGCUUUAGAUACAUAUAAACACAAAAUUACGAUAAGUUCUUCUGAGGAAUCUUUGUCUGAUCCAAAAUCUACAAAUACUGACGUUACAUUGCUACUGAUGGGGGUGGGACCGUCAUCAGAAGAUUAUUAUCCAACUGUUGUAAUAAAUGCCUUGAUGAAAAUUCUCCGUGAUCCCUCUUUAAAUAUUCAUCAUACUGCAGUGAUUCAAGCAGUAAUGUAUAUUUUUAAGACUCUAAGUUUGAAAUGUGUACCUUUUUUAUCACAGAUAACUCCAGCUUUCCUUGGAGUAAUGAAAACAUGUCCUUCUGCAAUGUUAGAGUUUUAUUUUCAACAAUUAGGCAUACUUGUUUCAAUUGUACAACAACAUAUUCGCAAUUAUCUUCAAGACAUUUUUGCAUUGAUUGAAUUAUUUUGGCAACCAAGUUCUCCAAUUCAAAUAACAAUAAUUCAUUUGGUUGAAGAGAUUGCUAAGGCUCUAGACGGAGAGUUUAAAAAUUAUCUGCCAAAUCUUUUACCAAUAAUGCUUCAAAUUUUUGAUCAGGACGAUAGUGAUAAACGUCAACCCACUCAAAAAGUUUUGCAUGCACUAGUAGUGUUUGGAACCAACAUUGAAGAAUAUAUGCAUCUCGUUAUCCCAGUAGUAGUCAGACUUUUUGAAAGGCCUGAUGCACCUUUACAGCUUCGUAAAUCGGCUAUUAGUACCAUUGGUGAACUAUCAAAAAAAGUGAAUUUUUCAGGCCUUGCAUCCAGAAUAAUUCAUCCACUUGCUCGGGUAUUAGCCAUAUUUAAUUAUGAACUUAAAAUGGCUGCUAUGGACACACUUUGUGCUCUAGUAUAUCAACUUGGAUCAGAUUAUGUCGUAUUUAUUCCUAUGAUAAACAAAGUUUUACACAAAUAUAAAAUCCAGCAUCAAAAUUAUGAAAAAUUAAUUUCUAAACUUUUGAAGGGUGAAAAGUUAUCUCAAGAUUUAGAUACUGAGGAAAAAUUCAAUGAGGCACAUUUGGAGGAGUUACCUGCUGUUGAAACUAAUGCAAAAAAAUUGCCUGUGAAUCAGCAACAUUUGAAAAAUGCAUGGGAAUGUUCACAAUGUUCCACAAAAGAAGAUUGGGGUGAAUGGAAUAGACGCUUAAGUGUUGAACUUCUUAAAGAGUCACCAUCGCAUGCACUUCGGGCUUGCGCAAGUCUUGCUGGUACUUAUCAACCUUUAGCAAGAGAACUUUUCAAUGCUGGUUUUAUAUCUUGUUGUAACCAUGCAAUACAAGUAAUCAAUGUAGUCUUGGAAAGGCUUUUAACUACGGGUGUUUCAGAUCCAGAUCCACGUAUCCGAGAAAUUGUCUUAUCAAAUCUUACGGAAAGAUUUGACCGACAUCUAGCACAAGCCGAAAAUAUUCGUUCUCUUUUUAUUGCCCUUAAUGACGAGGUUUUUGCAAUUCGUGAAAUUACAAUUUCUAUAAUUGGUAGACUCACCUCUCAUAAUCCAGCUUAUGUAAUGCCAUCAUUAAGAAAAACAUUAAUCCAACUUUUGACAGAAUUAAAAUUUUCAAAUUUCAGUCGAAAUAAAGAAGAGAGUGCACGUCUUUUAAGUUUAUUGGCAUCAGCAUCCCAAAAAUUAAUCAGACCUUAUGUUGAAACAAUACUAAAAGUUCUUUUAUCUAAAUCACGAGAUUCUAAUCCAGCAGUGGCUGCGAGUGUUUUAGGAGCACUUGGAGAAUUGGCACGUGUAGGGGGGGAAGAUCUUUUGCCAUACCUUAAUAGUCUAAUGCCUUUAAUAAUUGAUGCGUUGCAAGAUCAAGGUUCAACGGCAAAACGUGAUGCAGCAUUAAAAGCUCUAGGACAACUUUCUAGCAAUACAGGAUUUGUUAUUGAACCAUAUUUGAAAUAUCCUAAACUAUUAUCUAUUUUAAUUAAUAUUUUAAAAACUGAGUUGACACCAUCAAUUAGACGUGAAACUAUUAGAUUAAUAGGAAUUCUUGCUCUUUUGCCUAAAUCACGAGACCCUAGUCCAGCAGUAGCAGCAAGUGUUCUGGGAGCACUUGGUGAAUUAGCACGUGCAGGAGGAGAGGAUCUUUUGCCAUAUAUUAAUGAACUAAUGCAUAUAAUAAUUGAUGCAUUGCAAGAUCAAAGUUCAACAGUAAAACGUGAUUCAGCACUGAAAACUUUGGGGCAAUUAUCUAGUAAUACAGGAUUUGUAAUUGAACCAUAUUUGAAAUAUCCUCAAUUAUUAUCAAUUUUAAUUAAUAUUUUAAAAGCUGAGUCAUCAACAUCAAUUCGACAUGAAACUAUUAGAUUGAUGGGAAUCCUUGGAGCUUUAGAUCCAUAUCGACAUAAACCAUCUUCAGAAGAUUAUUAUCCAACUGUUGUCAUAAAUGCUUUAAUGAAAAUUCUUCGUGAUUCUUCUUUAAGUGCUCACCACACUGCUGUAAUUCAAGCAGUAAUGUAUAUUUUUAAGACACUAAGUUUGAAAUGUGUACCAUUUUUACCACAAAUAACUCCAGCGUUUCUCGGAGUAAUGAAAACAUGUAUACUUGUUUCAAUUGUACAACAACAUAUUCGUAAUUAUCUUCAAGAUAUUUUUUCAUUAAUUGAAUUAUUUUGGGAACCAAGUUCUUCAAUUCAAAUUACAAUAAUCCAUUUGGUUGAAGAGGUUGCUAAGGCUCUAGAUGGGGAAUUUAAAAAUUAUCUGCCAAGCCUUUUGCCAAUAAUGCUUCAAAUUUUUGAUCAGGAUAAAAGUGACAAACGUCAACCUACUCAAAAAGUUUUACAUGCAUUGGUAGUAUUUGGAACUAAUAUUGAAGAAUACAUGCACCUUGUUAUCCCGGUAGUCGUUAGACUUUUUGAAAGAUCUGAUGUACCUUUACAACUUCGUAAAUCAGCCGUCAGCACCAUUGGUGAAUUGUCAAAGAAAGUGAAUUUUUCAGAUCUUACAUCCAGAAUAAUUCACCCACUUGCUCGUGUAUUAGCUAUGUCUAAUUAUGAGCUUAAAAUGGCUGCUAUGGACACACUUUGUGCACUUGUAUACCAACUUGGAUCAGAUUAUGCUGUAUUUAUUCCUAUGAUUAACAAAGUUUUGCAUAAAAAUAAAAUCCAACAUCAAAAUUAUGAAAUAUUAAUUUCUAAACUUUUGAAAGGUGAGAAACUAUCUCAAGAUUUAGGUAUUGAAGAAAAAUUUAAUGAAACACGUAUAGAUGAAAUACCUCCUGCUGAAACUAAUGCAAAGAAAUUACCUAUGCCAAAUGUUCAAGAUUUUCAGAAAAAAGAAAACUGGUAUGAAAAAUUGAACCGUUGGGAGGAUGCAUUUGAUGCUUAUAAAAAGCGAAGUGAAGAAAAUCCAAAUGAUUUUGAAGCAACGCUUGGUGUGAUGAAAUGUAUGUUUUCUUUGGGCAAUACUGAUGGUUUAUCCACUCUAGUUCAAGAGAAAUGGCAUGAAUCAACAGAUGAAAUGCGUGAAUCAAUGUCAAUAUAUGCUGCUGCUGGAGCUUGGGCAUUAGGUCAAUGGAGUUUAAUGGAAGAUUAUAUUUCAACUAUAAAACAAGAUUCGCCAGACCGUACAUUCUAUCAAGCAAUCCUUGCUUUACAUAAAAAUCAAUAUAACGAUGCAAUGGUUAACAUUGAUAGAACCCGUGAUCUGUUAGAUACUGAAUUAACUGCUCUUGUUGGUGAAAAAUUGGAAGAAAUUAUAACGUACAAACAAUUUUCUGAUCAGCCUGAUCGCCAAGCAACUAUUAGGAAAACUUGGAUGGAAAGAUUGAAAGGGUGUCAACGUAAUGUAGAUGUUUGGCAACAAGUUUUAAAAGUUCGUGCAUUGGUAAUUUCACCAAAGGAAAACGUUGAAAUGUGGAUUAAAUUUGCAAAUCUUUGUAGAAAGAGUGAACGAUUGGAACUUGCUGAAAAAACGUUGAGAGAGUUAUUAGUUGGUGAUAAAAGGCUAGAGACAAUUCAUCCAUCAGUAUUAACAAGAGCAGCUCCUCAAGUUGUGUAUGCACAUUUACGUUCUUCAAGGAUUUUACUGAUAGGAUAUCAAAUGAUCUCCGUGUUGGCAAUACAAGUUUACUUGCCAGAUGUUACCUUAAAAAAGGAGGAUCCAAAUGAUUUUAAAGCAACGCUUGGUUUGAUGAGAUGUAUGCUUUCUUUGGGCAACACGGAUGGUUUAUCUGCUUUAGUUCAAGAAAAAUGGCCCGAAUCAACAUAUGAAAUGCGUGAAUCCAUGUCAAUCUAUGCUGCUGCUGGAGCUUGGGCAUUAGGUCAAUGGGGUUUAAUGGAAGAUUAUGUCUCAACUAUAAAAGAAGAUUCACCAGAUCGUACAUUCUACCAAGCAAUCCUUGCUUUACAUAAAAAUCUAUAUAAUGAUGCAGCAGUUAACAUUAAUAAAACUCGUGAUCUGUUAGAUACAGAGUUGACUGCUCUUGUUGGUGAAAAAUUGGAAGAAAUCAUAACAUAUAAACAAUUUUCAGAUCAACCUGAUAGACAAGCAACUAUUAGGAAAACUUGGAUGGAAAGGUUGAAGGGAUGUCAACGUGAUGUAGAUGUAUGGCAAAAAAUUUUAAAAGUUCGAGCAUUAGUCAUAUCACCAAAAGAAAAUAUGGAGAUGUGGAUUAAAUUUGCUAAUCUAUGUAGAAAGAGUGAUAGUUUAGAACUUGCUGAGAAAACAUUGAGACAGUUGCUAGUCGGUGAUCAAAAACUAGAAGCAAUUCAUCCAUCGGUGUUAAAAAGAGCAGCUCCUCAAGUUGUUUAUGCACAAUUGAAAUUUAUGUGGGCAAAAGGUGAACGCCACGAUGCAUUCAAAUUAUUAAGAGAUUUUACUGACAGGAUAUCAGACGAUCUUCACGUUGGUAACACAAGCUUGCUUGCUAGAUGUUACCUUAAAAAAGGUGAAUGGCAAAAGACUCUUCAGGAUGAUUGGGAACGAGAUACAAUUCCAGAGAUUCUACAAUCUUAUUUACAUGCAACACAAUAUGAUAAAGAGUGGUAUAAAGCAUGGCAUGCAUUGGCUCUUGCUAAUUUUGAAGUGAUUUCACAUUACGAAAAACUUAAUGCUUUGGAAAAUAAUAAAUCAGAUGAAGAAAUUGUUGAAUUUUCUGAGGAAAUGAUCAAUUCAGAAAUUCAACAAGAAAUUUUACGUUAUGUUGUGCCAUCUGUGCAAGGAUUCUUUUGUUCGAUCGCGUUGUCAAGAGGUAAUUGCCUACAAGACACAUUAAGAUUGUUAACUCUGUGGUUUAAGUAUGGAUAUCAUCACGAGGUUAGCACGGCAAUAAGUGAAGGAUUUAGUAGUGUCAACAUAGAUACUUGGUUGGAUGUUAUUCCACAGCUUAUUGCACGUAUUCAUGUGUCUAAUACAAAUAUUAGACGGUUAAUACAUCAGUUACUUACAGAAGUUGGUAAGGAACAUCCUCAAGCUUUAAUUUAUCCACUUACUGUUGCAUCAAAAUCUCAAAGUUCAAAUAGAAAGAAGGCAGCUUUGGCAGUUAUGGAUAAACUGCGCUCACAUAGUCCAGUACUUGUUGAACAGGCACUGCUUGUUAGUCAAGAGUUGAUUCGCGUUGCUAUUUUAUGGCAUGAAAUAUGGAUGGAGCAUUUUAUGCCCACAGUUAAUAUAAUUUCAUCAAAGCAACGGCCAAGAAAGCUUAAUCUAAAAGGAAGCGAUGGAAAAGAAUAUCAAUUUUUAUUGAAAGGACAUGAGGAUUUACGUCAAGAUGAAAGAGUUAUGCAAUUGUUUGGCUUGGUUAAUACACUUUUAUCAUUAGAUUCAGAAACAUUUAAAAGACAUUUACACAUACAAAGAUAUACAGUGACACCACUUACACCUAAUAUUGGACUUCUUGGUUGGGUUCCAAACUGUGAUACACUACAUGCAUUAAUACGUGAUUAUCGUGAAAGCAAAAAAAUACUAUUAAAUAUUGAACAUAGAUUAAUGCUACAGGUUUGGGAUGCAGGUUUGCUUACACAAGCGUGGCAAAUUUAUCAUGAAUUGUUUAAAAAAAUUACUACACAAGUCACCAACAUUUCAACACUUGAACUUCAAUACGUUUCACCAAAAUUAUUAGCUGCUAAAGAUCUUGAAUUAGCUGUGCCUGGAACAUACAAAAGUGGUGAACCUGUAAUAAAAAUUGUUAGCUUUAUACCUACAGUUAAUAUAAUUUCAUCUAAACAACGACCAAGAAAGCUUAAUGUAAAAGGAAGUGACGGAAAAGAAUACCAAUUCUUGUUAAAAGGCCAUGAGGAUUUACGACAAGAUGAAAGGGUUAUGCAAUUAUUCGGCUUGGUAAAUACACUAAUAUCGUUAGAUUCAGAGACAUUUAAAAGGCAUUUGCACAUACAAAGAUAUACAGUGACGCCGCUUACACCUAAUAUUGGACUUCUUGGUUGGGUUCCUAAUUGUGAUACAUUACAUGCAUUAAUACGUGAUUAUCGUGAAAGCAAGAAAAUACUAUUAAAUAUUGAACAUAGAUUAAUGUUACAGAUGGCGCCUGACUAUGAUCAUUGUACAAUAUUACAAAAGGUAGAAAUAUUUGAAUUUGCUUUGGCCAAUACAACAGGACAAGAUCUUUAUAAAAUUUUAUGGCUCAAGAGUAAAAAUUCUGAAGCAUGGCUAGAUCGUCGUACUAAUUAUACAAGAUCAUUAGCGCUUAUGUCGAUGGUAGGAUAUAUACUUGGACUUGGUGAUAGACAUCCAUCAAAUAUAAUGUUGGAUCGAUACACAGGAAAAAUAGUUCAUAUUGAUUUUGGAGAUUGCUUUGAGGUUGCUAUGACAAGAGAAAAAUAUCCAGAAAGGAUUCCAUUUAGAUUGACAAGAAUGCUUAGGAAAGCUAUGGAAGUUAGUGAAAUUGAAGGAAAUUUCCGUAUAACAUGUGAAGCUGUUAUGACUGUUUUACGUAAAAAUAAAGAAAGUCUUAUGGCAGUAUUAGAAGCAUUUGUACAUGACCCGCUUAUUAAUUGGAGAAUAAUGAAUAAUCCAAGUCCUAGACAAGCUGUUAACAAUGCAGGUACAACGAAUCGCCGUGCGCGUGAUAUCAUACACCGCAUAUCAAAUAAAUUGACAGGUAAAGAUUUUAAUGAAAAUCAAAUUUUAGAUGUUCCAUCUCAAGUAGAAAAAUUGAUUCAACAAGCAACCUCAAUUGAAAAUCUUUGUCAAUGCUAUAUUGGAUGGUGUGCUUUUUGGUAA